GAUCACGUUACUACAUAUACAUUAUUUUCAUAUUCAACUUCACCUUCCAGUCAUGACCAAAUUAGUAAAGAUAUGUGGUUUGAAGUCCACCGAGGCUGCUGCCAAAGCCAUCGACACGGGAGCAGACCUCUUGGGGUUCAUUCUUGUGCCCAACCGUGCCAGAACCAUCGAUAACGAAACAGCUAGUGCCAUUACUGCCAGAGCACGUCAGACCAGAAUUGACCGGAAGAGAAAGAUCCAGUCGAUGAAACAGCUCAACCAGCACAUCAAAGGCUUGCAAGCAACAGAUCCGGUGGAUUACUACGAACAAGUGGCCCAGCUCAUCAUAGAAAACGGACCUUUCACUGUUGGAGUGUUCAGAAACCAGCACUUGGACGAGGUCUACAAGACAGCAUUGGCGUUGGAAAUCGACUUCAUCCAGCUUCACGGCAGCGAGAACAAGUUGGAGUACUUAGAGCGAAACUCUGAGGGCAACUAUGGACUCAUCAACAGAUACGUGGUUCCCACUGAGGCUGAGACUUUGGCCCAGCAUGUCCACAAAUUCACCCAGGAAAAGGAGUUGGUGAUACCGUUGCUUGACUCCGAGGCUGGAGGCGAAGGUAAGGUCAUAGACUGGGAAUUUGUGAAUAAAAUGACUUUUGGCAAGUUCAUUAUGGCGGGAGGGUUGACCCCUUCCAACCUUGAAGCUGCAGGAGCAGUGAAGAACGUAUUGGGGUACGACGUCAGUGGGGGUGUUGAGACGGAUGGUGUCAAGGAUUUGACCAAGAUCGAGCAGUUUAUAGUCACUGCGAAGGGACUGGCUACUGGAGUAUAGACGCAGCAAGCAAAAUGAUUAGAAGCGUGAGUCCAUGUUCUCGCCAUGAAGCAUCCAUGCAAAGCCCCAACAAUAAUACCCCAUUGAUACUGCUAGAUGAGAAGUAUAAUAGCAGAGAUGAAAUACUAUGAAAAUAUUAGGACUGCAAGGUAAGCACUACAUUUGAUGUUCUGAGUUACGAUGGCGAUAUGGAUCGCAGGUUUUACUGGUGCUAAAAGCUUUGUUCAUUAAGCUACUAUAAAAUUAAUGAUGUAUCUUAGAUACCCAUUUAGUCGUAGCAGAAAACAAUAAAAGAAAAGGUAAAAUUGAAUAAAUAGUAUUCUGCUUGGCUGUUACAUUUUUGAGGAAAUACAAGACGUUAGACGGUUGCAGUCGGCGUAGAACAUUCCAUUCAAUAAGAUGAAAAUCCUAACAUCUUUCCAUCACUUGAACAUAUUUCUGCGUUACAUAGUCGUCAGUUCAGGUUUUUUACUAGUUUAUUAGAUUAAC